AUGGCGUCCCGAACCCUUCUCCUCGCCGCUCUAGCAGCAACAGCAACCUCACGCUUCACGCUCUCGCCGCGUCAAGCCAGCACGGUAACAGUCGACCUCACAAAAACCUACCAAACCAUGGACGGCUUCGGAAUGAGCGAAACCUUCCAACGGGCCAACCAAAUGCACGCACUCUCUACAACUCUCCAACGCCAAGCCCUCGACCUCCUCUUCAACACUACCUCCGGCGCCGGCUUCAGCAUCCUCCGGAACGGCAUCGGAUCCAGCCCCGACUCUAGCAGCGACCACAUGGUUUCCAUCCAACCCAAGAGCCCUGGCGGCCCCAGUGCAACGCCAAAGUAUGUUUGGGAUGGCAACGAUAAUAGUCAGGUCUGGGUUAGCACUGAAGCUGUGAAAUACGGCGUGAAGACAUUCUACGCAAAUGCAUGGUCCGCGCCGGGGUACAUGAAAACCAACGGGAACGAUGCGAAUGGUGGGACACUAUGCGGGGUCUCUGGGUCGACAUGUUCAUCUGGAGAUUGGAAGCAGGCGUUUGCGGACUAUCUCGUGCAGUAUAUUACGUACUAUAAGGAAGUUGGUGUAGAGGUAACGCAUGUGGGCUUUCUGAACGAGCCGGAUUUAACGACGAGUUAUGCUAGUAUGAGAAGUAGUGGACAACAGGCAGCGGAUUUUAUCAAGGUGCUUAGACCAGCGUUGGAUAAGGCGGGGUAUCAGGAGGUGAAGAUUGCGUGUUGUGAUGCUGAGGGGUGGAGUAGUCAGCAGGGGAUGAUGAGUGGGUUGAAUGGGGUUGGGGAAGCGUUGGGGGUGGUUACUGCGCAUUCCUACACCUCUUCUCCUGGCUCUCCCAUCUCAACCGCCAACAAACAACCUGUAUGGCAAACCGAAAACGCCGACCUCCAAGGCGCCUGGACAUCCACAUGGUACGGCUCCAACGGCGCCGGCGAAGGUCUCCUCUGGGCCAACAAAAUCUACGACGCCGUCGUCAGGGCAAAUUGCGCGGCCUACCUGUAUUGGGUCGGUGUCCAAGGCGGCGCUACGAAUUCUAAACUCAUACGUAUUGCUGAUGAUAAGAAGAGUUUGAUAGUGAGUAAGAGACUCUGGGCUUUUGCGAAUUGGAGUCGGUUUGUGAGACCAGGUGCUGUGAGGGUGGGUGCGAGCGGUGGGCCCAGUGGCGGGAAGGUUAGUGCGUUUAAGAAUUUGGAUGGGAGUGUGAGUGUGCAGGUUAUUAACGGGGGAGGGAGUGCGGGUGCGGUUAGUGUGAAGGUUGCGGGUGGGGGGUUUACGGCAAAGAGCGCGAAGGCGUGGAUUACGGAUAAUAGUCAUGAGUGUGAUGAGUUGACGAGUGAGUUGGGGACGGAUGGGAGUGUGAGUGCGAGCGUGCCAGCAAGGAGUAUGGUUACUUUUGUUUUGCAGCCGUGA